CCUCUUCUUCUUCGUCUUCGUCUCUUGUCCUUUUUCCAAACUUUUGCUGUGCGCUUUUUAUUUUGUCCAAAGAAUCAUAUUCUUUUGCCCUCUCACACGAGUCAAAUUUACCUUUUUGCCACAACAAUCAUGGCGGCGACGGCGGUGGUCUGGCAACCCCGAGACGACGGUCUCGCCGAGAUCUGCGCUCUUCUCGAACAACAGAUUUCUCCUUCCUCCGUCGUCGACAAGUCUCAGAUUUGGCAGCAGCUUCAACACUUCUCUCAGUUCCCUGAUUUCAACAACUAUCUCGUCUUCAUCCUCGUUCGCGCUGAGGGUAAGUCCAUAGAGGUUCGCCAAGCUGCUGGCUUGCUUCUGAAAAAUAAUUUGAGGGGUGCUUAUCCAUCCAUGGUUCAAGAAAACCAAAAAUACAUCAAGUCAGCGUUGUUGCCUUGUCUGGGAGCAGCGGACAGGAAUAUACGGACUACAGUUGGAACUAUCAUCAGUGUUAUUGUUAAUAUCGAAGGAGUUUCUGGAUGGUCUGAGCUUUUGCCAGCUCUUGUUACUUGCUUAGACAGUAAUGAUCUAAAUCACAUGGAUGGUGCGAUGGAUACAUUGUCAAAGAUUUGUGAGGAUAUCCCGCAUGUCUUGGAUUCAGAAGUGCCUGGCUUAGCAGAGCGCCCUAUCAACAUUUUCUUGCCUAGGCUAUUUCAGUUUUUUCAGUCACCCCAUGCUUCACUGAGGAAGCUUGCCCUGGGUUCUGUGAACCAAUAUAUCAUAAUAAUGCCUGCUGCUUUGUUCCAUUCAAUGGAUAAGUACCUUCAGGGUUUGUUUGUCCUCGCCAAUGAUCCUGUAGCAGAAGUCAGAAAAUUGGUCUGCGCAGCAUUUGUGCACCUCACGGAAGUCCUCCCCUCAUCUAUAGAGCCGCAUCUCAGGAAUCUCAUGGAGUACAUGUUACAAGUUAACAAAGACCCUGAUGAAGAAGUGUCUCUCGAAGCAUGUGAAUUUUGGUCUGCAUACUGUGACGCUCAGCUGCCGCCAGAGAACUUGAAAGAGUUUCUGCCACGCCUAAUUCCAGUGUUGCUUGAAAACAUGGCUUAUGCAGAUGACGACGAGUCCCUUUUGGAUGCAGAGGAAGAUGAGUCUCAACCAGACAGAGAUCAGGAUUUGAAACCUCGUUUUCAUACAUCAAGACUUCAUGGAUCAGAGGAUUUUGAUGAUGAUGAUGAUGAUGAUGACUCGUUUAACGUGUGGAAUUUAAGAAAGUGUAGUGCAGCAGCUAUUGACGUUCUCUCCAAUGUAUUUGGAGAUGACAUCCUUCCAGCACUCAUGCCCCUAAUUCAGACAAAAUUGUCAGCUUCUGGUGAUGAGGCCUGGAAAGAUAGGGAAGCUGCUGUUUUGGCUCUCGGGGCUAUUGCUGAAGGCUGCAUGACUGGUCUUUACCCUCACUUGUCUGAGAUUGUAGCAUUUCUUCUUCCUCUUUUAGAUGAUAAAUUCCCGCUAAUACGAAGCAUAUCUUGCUGGACGCUUUCUCGAUUUGGCAAGUAUAUUAUCCAGGAAAGUGGCAAUUCGAAGGGUUAUGAACAGUUUGAGAAAGUGCUUUUGGGUCUUCUCCGCAGACUCUUGGAUACAAACAAGCGGGUCCAGGAGGCUGCCUGUUCGGCUUUUGCAACUCUUGAAGAGCCUGCUUAUCUUGAGAUUCUGAUGCCCCCACUGGUUGCAAAGUGGCAACAACUUUCAAACUCAGAUAAAGAUCUAUUUCCAUUGCUAGAAUGCUUCACAUCCAUUUCUCAGGCUUUAGGUGUUGGAUUCGCUCCAUUUGCUCAGCCUGUUUUCCAUAGAUGCAUGGAUAUCAUCCAACUGCAGCAGCUGGCUAAGGUUGAUCCUGCUUCUGCUGGGGCUCAGUACGACAGGGAAUUCAUUGUUUGUUCUCUUGAUCUGCUUUCUGGACUUACUGAAGGACUUGGCAGUGGGAUAGAGUCUCUGGUUUCACAAAGUAAUCUAAGGGAUCUGCUUCUCAAGUGUUGCAUUGAUGAAGCUGCUGAUGUCAGACAAAGUGCUUUUGCCUUAAUGGGUGAUCUUGCAAGAGUAUUCCCGGUCUAUCUACAACCCCGCCUGCUUGAGUUCCUUGAAAUUGCAAGCCAGCAACUGAGUGCAAACCUCAUUCGAGAAAACCUUUCUGUCGCAAAUAAUGCUUGUUGGGCCAUUGGAGAAUUAGCAGUCAAGGUUCGUCAAGAAGUCUCUCCAAUUGUGGCCAACGUUGUCUCUUCCCUAGGCCUGAUUCUUCAACAUGGAGAGAAUGUCAAUAAAGCACUAGUUGAGAACAGUGCAAUUACCCUUGGGAGACUAGCAUGGAUUCGUCCAGACCUUGUAGCACCACACAUGGAGCACUUUAUGAAGCCAUGGUGCCUGGCAUUGUCGAUGGUCCGUGAUGACAUUGAGAAAGAAGAUGCAUUUAGAGGAUUAUGCUCAGUGGUUAAAGCGAAUCCAUCAGGAGGUGUCAGCUCACUAGUUUUCAUAUGCCAAGCCAUCGCAAGUUGGCAUGAAAUAAGAAGUGAGGACGUACAGAACGAAGUCACCCAAGUACUGAACGGCUAUAAACAGAUGCUGGGAAACUCAUGGGCGGAAUGUUUAUCUGCUUUGAAAACUCCUGUAAAGGAAAGGCUUGCGAGAUAUCAAGUGUAGUCUCAAAAUAGAGAGAUCUGCUCCAGCUGCUUAUUCAUUGCAAACAACAAAUAGAUUCAAGAGAGUUUGAGCACAAAACGCUUGAGACACCAUUUUUUGUGCAAGAUUAAAUGAAGGGCUAAAAGGUCAGUAGAGAAGGCAUACAGUACAGAGCUUGUGUGUGUGUGGGCUCUUCAAAUUUACAUGGUUGAAAUUUUUUACUUCCUGUCUUUAUUAUUUUUUCUAUUUCUCAUCGAUUCUUGGUCCUUUUUAUUUUUCUUUUGCGGGCAACGUUGUAUGGUGGUUUGAGCAGUUUUGGUAAGAUUUCUAAAAACCUAAAAAGAGCUAAGCAAAGUUUAGUUUCAUUGUGCUUCAGCUUGUUUGAACUAUUGGGACCUGUGGAUACCAAAUAAGAAAAAGUGAUUGGGAUUUUAUGUAUGA